AAAACUGAGAAAAGCAGUUGCUAAAAAUAAAGAAAAACUAAAUCAAAUCAAAACGUGGACAUCAAAAUUGAACACCGAGGAUGGUAAACGUCGUGUCGAAGAAAUACGAAAAGUCGAACAACAAAAGGUUGAACGUCGAAAGUAUGACAUUGGCGAAUUGCUAAAAACAGUCAAAGCACAAUCGACUAUUGAUAUUUGUUUUCUGAUGGAUUGUACGGGGAGCAUGACAGCAUACAUUGAAGCAACAAAAACGAACAUUCACCAUACGACACAAACGAUAACAAGUCUUUUCAAGCCACCACAGUUGGCUUUUGUUGGCUACAGAGAUGUAAAUGAUGUUCAGAAUUGUGUUAAAUUGGAUUUUACAAACGAUGUUAACGUCUUCAAAGAGUUUCUGAAAGAUGUUCAGGCAACUGGUGGCAAAGAUAGUUGUGAAGAUAUCUUCAGUGAGUAA